UAGACCUAGCAGGGAAAAAGGACUAGGUAGUCUUUAGUAUGGUAGCAACAUUUUGAUUGACUCUUCCAUCGUGGCCUGGCUAUGGCGGAUGGGAGUGAGGAGGAGGAGGAGGAGAUUUGUUUCUAGCAGCCACCAUGCUCACGGCGAUGGUAAGGAGGAAUCUGGGGUCUCGUCCGGUGACGAUUGCCGCCCUCUUGCUCAUCGCCAGCUGCGCGUGGAUCGCCUUUGUCCUCUCCAUCGGCAGCGUCGCGGAGCGCAAAUCCCAUCCCAGCGUGAUCGAGCAGCGCCGGAUCGUCCACCGCCCCAAAAACAGCACGGUCGAUUCCGAGCUCCAGAGCAUCGUCUUCGGCAUCGCCGGAUCGUCGGGGCUGUGGCCGCGGCGCAGGGAGUUCGUCCGGCUAUGGUGGCGCCCGGAUGCGAUGCGUGGCUUCGUGUGGCUGGAGCGCGAGCCGGAUCGAGAGGGCGAGGCGAUCGAUGGGCUCCCGGAGAUUCGCGUAUCGGAGAACACGCUGGAGAGGCUCCGAGAUCCAAUCCGGGGCGGAGCUCUCGGGCACCCAAAUGGCGUCCGGAUCGCUCGGAUCGUGCUCGAGACGUUCCAGCUAGGGCUGCCCGGAUCGAUCAAGUGGUUCGUCUUCUGCGACGAUGACACGGUUUUCUCGGUGGAGAAUCUCGUGAGAGUUCUUGCCAAGUAUGAUCCAUCGCAGCUCGUCUACAUCGGCGCUACCUCGGAGAGCCACGCCCAGAACGUCGCGUUUAGCUACGACAUGGCCUUUGGCGGCGCGGGAUUCGCCAUUAGCUACCCCCUCGCGGAGGCCAUCGCCGGGAUCCAGGACGAGUGCCUCCAGCACUACCCUCAGCUCAUCGGCAGCGACGAUCGAUUGCGGGCUUGCAUCGCGGAGCUGGGCGUGCCGCUCACUCGCGAGAUUGGAUUCCACCAGUGCGAUGUCCGCGGCAAUGCGAUGGGGCUGCUGGCCGCGCAUCCCGUGGCGCCGUUCGUGUCGAUCCAUCACCUCGAGUUCGUGGAUCUCUUCCCCAAUGUGGAUGCGCUCCAGGGCGCGCGGGCGCUGGCGCGAUCGAUGCAUCUCCACGGCCCGGGGUUCUUGCAGCAGGCGAUUUGCUACGAUCGGCAGCGCCGGCUCACGUUCUCGAUCUCCUCCGGCUAUGUCGUCCAGGUGUUCCCGGAGAUCGUCUUCCCCAAGGUGCUCCAGAAGGCGGAGAUUACGUUUAGCGCGUGGAAUCACAAGCGUCACAGCCGCGAAUUCGAUCUGGAUUCCAGGAACUCCUUCUGGAUCUGCAAGCAGCCGUUCUUGUUCUUCGCCGACGCCCAGGAGAGGGAUCCAGAGGGCCGGAUCGAGAGCUACUACCAGCGCUACACAUCGAGCAAGAUGAUGUGCUGGUCGCAAGCCAAGCUGCCAGGGAUGAUCCGCGUCGUGGCCCAGCCACUCCAUUCCGAUUGGUACAAGGCGCCGCGCAGGCAAUGCUGCCAGAUCGGAGACUGGGACGAUGGAGAAACCGUGAAAGUGAACAUGACGAACUGUCGCCCGGGCGAGAGCAUCGUCCCUUUCUAGGAGGGUAGCGUCGCAAAGGGAUGAUGCUAGGUCUGAGCAGGAGGAUCGCGCUCUUCCUCAAUCUCAAUCGAAGAGACUACCGGACGCUGCUCGUGACAGCGUUCUCACUCUCUCUUCU